CAGCUAAUACCGAGGAGGACAAUGGCGGGUAAGCAGAUCGGCGGAGACGGCGGUUUACCGGCAAAUCUCGCCGGAAUGACAAAAAGUCAGCUCUACGACAUUAUGUCACAAAUGAAGACGUUGAUUGAUCAAAACCAUCAGCAAGCGAGGGAGAUUCUGAUUCGGAACCCUCUCUUGACGAAGGCUCUUUUCCAGGCACAAAUCAUGCUUGGAAUGGUUCAGCCUCCUCAAGGGAAUCCGAAAGUUGAGCCACAAGCUGGGCAACAACCUCAACAGUCUCAUCAGUCUAUUCCACCAAAGCCAAACGUUCAAGCUCAUAUGCCAUCUGUUCAAGGUGGAGGCAGCUUACAAGAGCCAGCAGCUACAAUGCAUCCACAAGCCGCGAUUAGGAAACAUCCAACACCACAACCAAUGCCUAUGCCUCCUCCGCCUUCUGUUUCUGCAACUAAUAAUGCACCAUCACAGCCUCGUUAUUCCCAUCCCCAGCGCCAGGGACAUCUGAAUCCUGCUGUCACUUCUUUGUCUCAUCAACAGUCUUCUCAAGUUCAAAGUGCGCCUCCUCCGGCUCCCCAUCAUCCAACAUCCCAACCAAAUCCAUUUCAUCAUCUUGAUAUUCCAGCUUCCUCGACUCAGUUGCAGCAACAACCAACGCACUCGGGUGGAGGUCCACAUUUGACUCAACAACAGCCUAGACCAUACCAUCAUCAAUAUGGAGCAGCCCAGACUGGUCCAAACACUGGGUUUCAGCACCAUGGCGCACCGCCUCAGCAUCUUUCUCAAUCCAUGUUUCAUUCAGGCAACAGACCCCCUGCUUCUAGUGGACCUCAAUUUCAGCAGGGACAGCCGCAUCUGCCUAGUCAGCCAACAUAUCAGGGAGGAGGUCAAUUUCGUGGAGACUACAACAAUAACCAGUUAGGAGGAGGUCCGAUGGCUGUGGAUAGAGGCCCUUCUUGGAUGGCUGGCCAAUCAGAGAGCUCAAACAUUACUCAUCUCCCAGGCUUAGGACCGGUGCCUCCACCAAGCCAAGUUGGGCCUGGAGGUGCCCCACCACCUCGCCCUGCACCGAUAUCAUCGGAGAUGGAGAAGGCAUUACUUCAACAGGUGAUGAGCCUGACGCCAGAACAGAUCAAUCUGCUGCCACCAGAACAGAGAAACCAAGUCCUGCAGCUUCAACAGAUUCUCCGACAGUGAAGGUCAUUGAUACCAUUCGCUUGGUCUCCAUGUUAGAAGUUAGGAGAUACAGGUUUUUUUGUAAGGUCGGAGUUAAGUUUGGGAUAAUUUGUAAAAAGAAAAAAAAAAGAAGAAGAGUAAUUAGAUUUUUUCCAAGUUCAAGGUAUCAUCACUUUGGUCCUAUCCCCUGGAGAAAAUUUGUGUGUCCCUUUGAAUUAAUGUUCGGUUAACAAUUUUCAAGUGCCUUUCAAAGUGUCGAAGUCUUGUUUUUGCAGACC